UCGUUCGGUGCUGCUGUCAUUUGUGUGCUUCGAUUGUUUGCGUUACUAUUUUCCUAAUGUUUUAUUUUGGACUCUCGUAAGCGUUUUACUCGCGAUAAGUUUACACAAUUUGCAAUAGUUUCAUUAAUUUAAAAUUUCCUAUCUGCGCUUCGCAUUCGCCAGUAGUUCCGUAUCGUCGCGAUAUUAUUUUUCAAGUUUUAUUUUCAAAAUAAACCAAACAGUGUACCUAAAUAUUUUAUUGUUUCUGAAUAAUACAUCGGAAAAGGGGCAGUGUGGUGUGAUUAAUUCGCAAAUGCCAAUCGUUGUUAAAGUAUCGAUGACAAAAUUCGAUCGGAACAGUGUGAAACCGCGGUGGGAGUAUGUUGUUUCUGGGUGCCUUAGCGAUCGGUAUGGUGACUGGCCUGCAGAAUGUCACGACAGAGCUGGCAGUCAGUGAGGUUACGGAGGUGGGUGCGGAGGGAGUCACGAGCGAGAUGGGUUUAUUGGAGACGACGCGGUUGUCGGAUUCGGCGGGCGGUGAUUUCGUGAACGUGACAGUGCAGGAGCGGCCGUCGAUGUGGGACAUGUAUUUGAACCACUGCCCGAAGUGGCGCCCGAUCAACCAUGUGUUUUUCCAAGUGGCUAAUAUAUUUUUUCUGCUGGCGUUUUUGGCGCCGCACACCCCGAGUGGUUUGAUAUGGAUGCGGGUGGGAUUAGUUCUUGGCUGCGCGUUCCUUGGCGUUUGGGGCUGGAGUGUGGAGUGUUACCUGGAUGCCGUGCUGUGGAACGGCGCGUUCAUUGUGAUAAACUUUGUGUACUUCUCAGUGCAGUUCUAUUUGUUGAGGCCGAUCAAGUUUCACAAGGACAUUGAGGAGGUCUACGUAGCCCUCUUCAAGCCACUUCGGGUGUCGAGGCGGCAGUUCCGAAGGGUGCUGAUGUGCAUGAGGAACGUCAGACAUCUCAAGUGCCACGAGCUCUACGCACAUGAGAAGGUCACCAAGGUGGACAGCUUGUCUUUGGUGCUCUCCGGGAAGUUGGUGGUGUCCCAAAACCAGAGGGCUCUGCACAUAGUGUUCCCGCACCACUUCCUCGACUCGCCGGAGUGGUUCGGGGUCUCCACAGACGAGUAUUUCCAAGUGUCAAUAAUGGCGAUGGAAGAGUCGCGGGUGCUGGUGUGGCACCGCGACAAGCUGAAGCUGUCCAUCAUGUCGGACGCCUUCCUGCAGGCCGUCUUCGAUCAUAUACUGGGCAGGGACGUGGUGCAUAAGCUCAUGCAGGUGAGCGAGACAAUGGCGGUCAGCAACGGGCACUUACCCAACAGUUACGAAGAGGGUGAGGACAAACCCAUGCUAGUCGUGAAAAAGGCUGGCGACGGGCCCGGGAUCACUGCCCUGCUGAACAGACAGCUGCAAGCAACAGACCCAAACGCGUGGCGCCUGGGCCGCAUUGAGGAGGCCGACCACGAGACGCCGGUCUGAGGUCGCGCGUUGCACGUCGCCGUCUCGCGUCCGCGUCGCUAGCGUGCUACGUGCCGCUAGCGUUUGGUGACGUGCCGCUAGCGUUUGGUGACGUGCCGCUAACGCGUGCUGACGGAACGCUAGCGUAUGGUGAUGGUGACGUGCCGCUAGCGUUUGGUAACGUGCCUCUAGUAUUCGGUGACGUGUAGUAUUCUACGGAGCAUGCGCAACGGAGUGCUCAAAAUAGUGACGUGACAGUGCUCAGUCAAAUUAUUGACAUUGGUUUGUCAGUGACUGUGGUGACAUUUGUGGGUUAGCUGAAGAUUCGCGCUACAAGUUAAGUCAGUGCGCCUUUGACUGACGAUUGAGGCAGCCUAUUGAACGCUAAAUAAUUUAUGUAUAAGUUACGCCAUGGACAGUAUGGAUUAAAUAGUCUUGGGAAUUGAUUUUUCAAAGAAAGUUUGUUGACAGAUUUUGUUACUAAAGUUGAUUGAAUUUGUGUAAUUGCUGGUCAAUUUGUAGGUUAUUUUUUGUUAUGGAAAUUUGAUUGUGAUGCCAGGUUAAAUAUUUUAUUAAGUCUGUGAUUAUUUCGUUUCCAAUGAAGAGAAGUUGAAAAUAUUUUUGGUUUUCUAGACUGGCAACUAUCUAUUGCUGAUGUAUUUGUUGAUCUUCAAGUCUUUAAGAUUAUUCAACUAUUGAAAAUUAUAUUUAUAACAUUUAGUACAGUCAUCUGAAGUAAACAAUUGAUAAAAUUAAUUAUAAAAAAAUGGUCUGACUGAAGAAAUAUAGGUAUUUCCUGUACUAAAAAAAAGUCAUGUUUGUUUUUCUUAUUCUGCCACUUCUUCAGGUCAAUCCAUUUUUUUAAAGAAGCAUUAUAUGAUUGAAUGUAUAAAGUCUGAUGUAUAAAAUACCUACUGAUGUUAGCUAUAUUCAGAGUUUGAAUCAUAUUGAUCUGUAAAGAAGAGUGUUGCGUCGAAAAGACUAGAAACAUAUUUUGUGUAUACUAUUUAUGUAGAUAGAUAUUAUAUUAAAUAAAAAUUCAAACGAUAGAUCGGGUAUAGCAAAUAAAAAGAUAAUGUACAGUGUCUAAGAUGGAAGGAUAUUAUUGUAAUUGGAUGUUGUGUGUAAAUAAUUGUAGGAGAUUGAUUCUAUAUGACUGGGCUCGGUUCUGAGUUGGAUACUAUCUCUAAAAUAACAUAUAUAUAUUUGUAUUAUUUCUGAGGUGAAUGAAAAAUAAUAAUAAGAUGAACACAUUUAUUUUAUAGUUAAUCUAUUAUGGCGAAAAAAAUCGCGCAGUGAUUUUAGUUAACAUUUUUAUCCAUUUUCUUAGGAAGGAAGAAUAAUAAUUA